GGCGUCCGGUCCAAGUCCAGCUGCCAAAACAGUGAAACGGAAAAAAGAACUCGUGCACUACGUGCACUUGAAGUCUGAACAGGUACUAUGUGUGUGUUCAUGAUCCUUCGGCGAGCGCUUGGAAAGUGUUCGGGGAUUUCACUGCUAGGGAAAAGGAGAUGGCAUUGGAGUUGAUUUUGGCAGGGAAGGUUGUUGUCACCACUCGCAGGACUUUCGUGAAGAAACUGAUGAACAUGAACGACCUCUACACAGAAGUCCGCAAGGAGAGAUACAUGGUGCGCAUGUUCAACUAUGUGCUCUUCAAGUCAGAACGCAGGGGACAUCGUGAAUGGAAUGACGAUUUCUUCAUCGGGUACGAUGAUAUUGUGAAGAGAUUUGAGCCGCACGGGUUGACGAAAGAGAAAUGGGAGAAGAAGAAGAUGAAACUUUCAGUUGAGAAAACGAACAAUGUGCCGAAACGACUGGGGGGGGUGGACGAGGGGAAGUUGAGACAGGGGAAUGUGGGGGGGUACAAGGUGACGACUGAAAUGUAUAUUGAGUGCCCGUACUUCCUCAAACUGUUUCUGCAUGAGAUAGUGGGAGCGGUGAGCCAGUUGAAGGACGAGCUUCAACGCGUCAAUGCAAAUGCGCAGCAUAUACUCUGGGAUAAGCGGAAGUGUAAUACAACGUAUUUGCCUGUGUGCAUGACGCCGUUGGAUGGGCUGCAACCGACAGAGGAUUUCACUCGUGCUGUGAAGGGUUGUCACCUUGCGGUAUUGGACCUGGCUCUCCACAAGAAUUUGAAUUCAUGGACGGAGCAUAGGUUUGUGGAACUUCAGCAAAUGAUGAUGGCUCUGUGCGGGACACAUUGGACACUGAUCAUUUUCAGUGGAUUGAAGGGCGAGGACUACAUUCUGAGGAACAUCUUCAGUGAGGAGGAUACCGAUGAUGACGAGAUCGACCUGCCGCAGCCUGAUGCAAGAAACCACGCAGUCGACGAGAACAUGCGCAUCGGGUCCUUAUCGGGGGGGGAUCCGAUGGUGGUUGAAGUCGGGAGACCGAAAAUAGCCAGGUGCAAAACCGCCCAGCUCACAGAAACGCAGACGUCAUCCACAGGAGAUGGGACCGAGGCAAACACUUCGAAAUGGAAAGACAAGCGAGGCACCCCAGGGUUUCCAAUGAUGAUGAGGCAAAUGUUUGCCCACGUCAUGGAAAUGCCAACAGAGAAGCAAACUCGUAGUCAUCAUGACGACGCAGUCCCCGAGGAGGAUGACAUGGAUCUGGAGAACGAGCCGUUGUUCCGCAUUCCAGAUGACGAGGACAAAGAUUUAACUCCUGGAGAUGAAAUUGAAAGUCACAUGAAGGAGAGCAAAGGAGGACCUCACUUUUUGGACACUAAGUUCACAGAGAUUGAGGUGGAAAAGGCGGCAGGUCCGGCAUGCGGUGGGGAAGGGGCAGAAAAUACAAAGGAACAGRGGGAAAAGGAGGCCACAACCAACGAAGAUGCGGGAGAUGCGGGAGAUGGGGGUGCCCAGCGGGUGCCAAGUGGACUGGGAGACCCGUUGUYGGCAGGCGACASAGGCAUGUCGUCACAUGGAGGACGGAGUGGGGGGGAKCACGAUGCGGAAGGUGCACUAGUAUUUGGGGAAACAAGUCCGCCGGACACUACCGAGCCUUUAACGRAUAACAGAGAUGAGGGGGACAAACUUCUGCACAUGGUAUGCACUCGCUCUGGCUCRCARAUAGCCCCAGACUCAAUGKAGAGGGAAGAUGGUGGUGGUAUAGAGGGAGUUUGUAUGGCURCUAGUCGUGAAGUGGGAGAUGAUGAUGAGGAAGCUGACGCGGAUGCGAACCUCGAACAAAACAUGGACGUGGACAAAGAGGAUGGAUUGGGAAAGGAAGCUUCUUGUCGUGGCCGAUCCCGGUGGCGGCAGCGAGCAUGUGAUCGACUUGAUCGAGCAAUCAUGUGAGAACGGUGGAAAGUCACAYAGUGAGGGAAGAACGUUGUCAUCUGCCGAGCCAGAACGAAUGG